AUGGUUGCCAGAGGGGACUCAUCCGAUGACUCGAUGUCGACUGAGAUCGACGCACCAACCCCAAACAGCGAUAUGGAGCUAUCUCCAAUGCCCAUUGCUAUCAUUGGUAUGGGUUGUCGAUUCCCGGGGGAUGCAACCAACCCAGAGCGAUUAUGGGAUCUUCUUGCCAAUGGUCGUAGUGCAUGGUCGCCUAUCAACCCAGCGAGAUUUCAUGCAGAGGCAUGGUAUCAUCCAGAUCAAGGCCACAUUGGAACAUCAUAUGUGAAAGGAGCGCACUAUUUAAAGGAAGAUGUGACUCACUUUGAUGCGCCGUUCUUCAAUCUUUCGGCAGACGUUGCCAAAACAAUGGACCCUGAGGUACGUUUUCAGCUUGAAACUGUCUAUGAAGCGCUGGAAAAUGCCGGCCUUCCCAUCGAGCAAGUUGCAGGAACCAAUGUGUCCGUCUUUGCCGGCACCUCCUUCCGGGACAACCAUGACAAUCAUAUGCGGGAUCCUACCAGCGUGAAUAACGCAUAUUUUGUCACUGGAAAUGGCGCUGCCAUGGUCGCCAAUCGAAUUUCACAUUUUUACGACCUGAGAGGGCCUAGUGUUAUGGUUGACACAGGCUGUUCGACAUCUUUGACGCUUUUGCAUCUGGCAUGCCAAAGCCUCCGCACAGGGGAGUCAAAGAUGGCAAUUGUGGGAGGCUCGGGUAUUUUGUUAAACCCAGAUAUGUUUAUUGCAGGCACAAAACUAGGAAUUUUUUCAAAAGAAGGUAAAUGCUUUGCCUUCGAUUCCCGCGCUGAUGGGUAUGGUCGUGGGGACGGCAUUGCAAGCAUUGUUCUCAAGCCCUUAGCAGAUGCUGUGCGAGAUGGUGACGCUGUGCGUGCUGUUAUCCGAAACACAGGCAUCAACCAAGAUGGCAGAACCACCACGAUUACGUCGCCAAGCGCAGAUGCACAAAAAGACCUUAUGGAAGCAUGCUAUCAGGCCUGCGGGCUUGAUCCCAUUGACACAGGCUAUGUUGAAGCACAUGGAACCGGAACCCAAACCGGUGAUUUGAUGGAAGCCAUCGCAGUCGGGGAGGUAUUCGGGGUGCAUAGGACAAGUGAGAACCCAAUCUUAAUAGGAUCCGUAAAGACCAAUAUUGGACAUACAGAAGCAACAAGUGGAUUGGCAGGAGUCAUCAAGGUGGUCAUGGCCCUGGAAAAGGGUCUGAUACCGCCGCAUAUAAACUACCAGAAUGCGAAUCCGAAUAUUCCGUUCGAAGACCUAAGGAUCCGGAUUCCGCUUUUACUUGAUGCAUGGCCCUCGCACAGUUUACAUCGGGCCUCUGUCAAUAACUUUGGCUACGGAGGAGCCAAUGCUCAUGCUAUCAUCGAACACCCACAGUAUCUCCUUCCGGAGAACGACAGCGAACUUCUCUCCAAUGAGUCUUCCGUGUUUGGAGACAGACCUCGAGUCUUUGUCUUGAGUGCGAAGGACAAGUACACGGCGGAAAUCAUGCGUGACCAGCACUUCAAUUAUCUGACUACCCUCAAUAACCACAACUCGGAACAUGAUCUUGAUAAAUUGGCAUUCACUUUGGGUGAAAGACGCUCCCGCUUCCCUUGGACACUGGCAUGUGCAGCAAAUUCUUUGGAAGCUCUCGUCGCGUCUCUAGACAAGUCUAAACCACAGACGCAGGCUUCUGUCGUCCCUGUCAGAUCCUCCCGUGUACCUCGCUUAGGAUUUGUGUUUACUGGGCAGGGCGCUCAAUGGUAUGCUAUGGGAAGAGAGCUUAUUGGACUUUAUCCUGUGUUCAAGGAUACCCUCAUUCGUGCCCAGGAAUAUCUAUACGAGCUCGGUGUACCCUGGUCCUUGAUCGAUGAGCUCAUGCGGGACGAGUCCUCCAGCCACGUUAAUGAGGUUGAGUACAGUCUUCCACUCGUCGCGUCUGUUCAAAUGGCUCUGGUUGAUCUCCUCAAAUCUUGGGGUAUUCAUCCCACAGGAGCCACCGGACACUCCAGUGGCGAAGUUAGUGCUGCUUAUGCCGCCGGGUUUAUUGAUCUCAGAUAUGCCCUUGCAAUCGUCUACUAUCGAGGUGAUCUUACUACUCGCCUGGUACAUCUGCUUGAUGAUAGUGGCGGCAUGAUUGCUGUAGGUCUUAGUCGUGAAGACGCGCAAGAGAGGAUCUCAGCCGUCAAGUCAGGCGUAUUGGUCGUGGGAUGUGUUAACAGCCCUGUCAGUGUCACAGUCUCGGGUGAUACCCCUGCUAUUCUCGAGCUUGAGGCUAUGAUUUCACAGGAAAACAUAUUUGCCCGUCGGCUAAAGGUCACUGCUGGAUACCAUUCGCACUUGGUGCAGCCCAUCACCGAGCCCUAUCUGGAGGCCAUGGCUCCCUGGGUGACCCCGACUGCAGAAAAUGGAGAUUCGGUCAUUUAUUCUUCGUCCACAACUGGUCGCCGCAUGAGUCGGACGGAAGACAUUACUGACCCAGCUCAUUGGGUGCGCAACGCUCUCCAACCAGUGGAAUUCGUAUCUUCUCUGCGCCACAUGUGCAUUGAUGAAACCCAGAACAAUGCCUCCUCUGUUGAUGCUCUUAUCGAAGUUGGGCCUCAUGGGGCACUGGGUGGACCUAUCCGCCAGUGCCUCGCAGUGCCCGAGUUGAAAGACCUUAAGAUCUCGUACGCGUCUUGUCUUAUAAGGGGUCAGAGUGCAGUGGAAAGUAUGCAUUCCUUGCUUUGUAAGCUCAUUCAGCAAGGAUACCCUGUGGAUCUGGGUGCUGUCAACUUCCCCCACGGCCGUCCCCAUGGUUUGCAAAUCCUGAGAGAUCUACCUCCAUACCCCUGGAAUCACCAAACAAAAUACUGGUGGGAGUCUCGUUUGAGCAAAUUUGCCCGAGACCGGAAUGUUCCUUCUCAUGAUCUUUUGGGACUCCCAACUGCCGAUUUCUCUCCCUUAACACCGACCUGGCGCCAUAUCAUUCGCCCACGGGAUAUUCCUUGGGUGCGGGAUCAUGUUGUCCAGUCGAGUAUUGUCUACCCUGGUGCGGGAUACAUUUCUAUGGCUGUUGAAGCUCUACGGCAAUCUGUGCAGAUUAAAGCUCAAAUUACUGGGUAUAAGCUCGAAGCUAUUGAUAUUUCCCGUGCGUUAGUGCUGGAAGAUGAUGACGAUGGUGUCGAUGUUCGCAUCUCACUACGACCUUGUGUGGACCGCAUUUACUCUGCUCAAGGCUGGAACGACUUUCAUAUCCAAUCACUGCAUUCUACUGGAAAAUGGAUCCUUCAUUGUGAGGGACGCAUUGCAGCCAUCACACAGGACUCCAAGACCUUCUGUUUGCAUGAUGAGGUGGCGUAUCGGCAUGCCAAUUACUGGGAUGAGAGCAACCUCUGGCCCACUGUGAGAGCCGAUGAGACCUAUCAAGCUCUCAAAGAGAUCGGUUUGAGCUACGGUUCUAUGUUCCAAAACCAAAUCACUACCCAAAAGGGAAUAGGUCGUUCCACAACCAUUAUUCGAGUGUCUGAUACUGUGGCCGUUAUGCCAUGCAACUAUCAGCAAAGUCAUGUUAUCCAUCCGACUACCCUUGAUACAAUUUUCCAAGCUACGUCCCAUACUCUCCCUUCGGCGGGUGUCCAAGGGCGUGACGCAUCAGUCCCAAAGUCUAUCGCUUCUCUGUACAUUUCAGCGGACAUUAGCAGUGAGCCCAAUCAUUUGUUCAAGAUGUGCUCGCGACUAGAUCAGGCUAAGUCGAAUGGCUUUGAAUCCUCUGCGACAGUCUAUAAUGCAGGAAGUUCUCCUACCAGCAACCUCGGGGAGGCUCCUAUUCUCAUCCUGCAAGGCCUUUUCUGUCAGUCUGUGGGAGGGCCAGUCGCUACCAGUCAAUCCAACCUAGAUAAAUGGUGUUUCUCCACUGUUUGGAAACCCGAUGUGGGCAUGCUAAUGGCGUCCGACCUGUCACCUACCCCGGCAUCCGAGCUGAUAGAUGCCAGCAUCUCGGCUAAGAAUUUCCAGACAACUGCACUAACCUACAUGGCUGAGACAGUCCUAUCCCUCGCAUUGGAGGCCACGCCGAAUGUUGAAUUUUCUCAGUAUUUCCAGUGGAUGAAAGAGACCGUGAAGCAAAAUAUGAGGAAGCUCUGGACUGACCGCAUCUUCCAAGAUAGCGCCGAGAACACCCUUGUCUGCCAAAUGGGAAAAAACCUCCCUGGUAUCCUCACAGGAAAAGUCGAUCCGGCAAAACUCAUGCGUGACAUAUACAUGAAAGAGCCACUGAGUGUGAUAAAUUGUGCCCUCCAAGUCCAGCAGACGGUUGAGCUUCUUCUCCACAAGAACCCCAGUGCUCGGUUCCUGGAAAUUGGCGCUGGUCGAGGCGAAUGCACACGCAUUGUUUUGAAGCUACUCGAGAAUUUGCCAAAUAGCGGUGUCUUUUGCGGAAGCUACGACGUCACUGAUCCCUCCGGGGAACAUAUUGACAGCCUUAGGGCUGGAGCGACUGCCGAUCGGGUGGCUUUCCAACGGUAUGAUAUUGACAUAAACCCUACAGAGCAGGGAAUAGAGACAGGCUGUUACGACUUGAUAAUUGCCUCACCUCAGGUAUACAUAGCGCAUAACCUCCAGCAAUCAAUGGCCUAUGUACGAACUCUUUUGAAGCCUGGUGGACGACUUUUUGUGUGGGGACCAGCUCUUGACCGAGUUGAAAUGCGUAUGGUGUAUGAGACGCUUCCGGCUUGGCGAAGAAAUUUUGAGACUGAAGGAGCUUACUUGCUCUCGCAGCAAUGGACCAAGACACUUCAGUGUGCUGGAUUUAAGAGUAUUUCCAUGAAGCAUACAAGUACAGAAAAUAUGGAUUGUCCCUUUUCGAGCAUCACGCUGGCGAUUGCUCCAUUUGAGAAGAUCUCCGAUCCAUCAUACAGACUGGCAAUCGUUUACUCCCGCUCGACCAUCCCCACAAACUGGUUGGAGAAGCUUUCAAAAUCCAUUGCGGAGAGAAUCGGGCCUCUGAACGGGACAGUUCAUGCGCUGAAUGAAAUCAAAGCGUUAAUUGAUCCAUUAACCUUUGUGGUAUUCCUGGGAGAUCUGGAGACUACAUUGCUGGACAAGCCCACCGCAGAAGAGUUUGAAGACCUCAAGUUCUUAUUUUCUCGAUCCUUAGGUGUUUUGUGGGUCUCUCGUGGUGCUCAGAUCGAUUGUCCAAGCCCAUUUGCUAGUCUUCAUCAUGGAGUGUUGCGGACCCUGCGAUGCGAGAACAGCUGGAAGCAGUAUGUCUCUCUGGACCUUGAUCCAAGUGAAUCUCUUUGGAGCACAGAAUCAGCUCAUCACAUCACUCGUGUUCUUUCCGCCACCUUGUCUAAGACAAGCAGCGACUCAAGGCUUUCGGAGCUUGAAUAUGCCGUUCGCUCUGGAGCACUGCAAAUCCCUCGAGUCUAUGAGGACUUUUUGCAAAACAAUCGCUUGGCGACUUCAGUCUCUCGUCAAGUAUCAGAACCCCAAGCUUUCGCGGAGGAAGGGAAGAACCUGAAGCUCGCAUCGACUGUGCCCGGUCAGCUACAAAACUUGACUUUCCUCGAAGACCCUCGCCCCGAUGAGCCCUUGCCAGAAGACUUUGUCGAACUCAGGCCUAUGGCGUAUGGGCUCAACUCCCGAGAUCUGAUGGUAGCUCUUGGUCAAGUACACGAGGAACGUAUGGGUUUCGAAUGCAGUGGCAUUUUGACUCGAGUAGGCCCCAAGGCUACAGCUCGAGGAUUUGAAGUUGGUGAUCGAGUCUAUACCCUCACCCCUGGAUGCUUAGCUACAGCAGUUCGUGUCCAUUGGAAUGCAAUUGCUCGUUUACCGGAUUGGAUGACUUUCGAAGAGGGUGCCUCGCUGGCCAUAGCUCAUUCCACAGCGUACCACAGUCUUUUCGAGCUUGCACAUCUUCAACCCAAGGAGUCUGUCCUCAUUCACUCUGGUAGUGGAGGUAUUGGACAGUCUGCUAUCAUGAUGGCACAGAGUACUGGAGCAGAGAUUUUCGUGACCGUGGGAUCAAUAGAGAAGCGAACGUUCAUAUCGGAAACAUAUGGGAUCCAACCUGAUCACAUUUUCUCUAGUUAUGAUGCGUCUUUUGUCGAUAAGAUCAUGGCCUAUACCGCUGGAAGAGGAGUCGAUGUCAUCCUCAAUUCUCUGGCUGGUCCUCUCCUCCGUGCUACAUUGUGUUGUAUUGCUCGUUUCGGACGUUUCAUCGAGAUCGGAAAGCGAGAUAUUGAAGAGGAUAACAGUAUCUCUUUGGCACCAUUUGCACGCUGUGUAUCAUUUUUCUCAGUUGAUUUGUGGACUAUGUAUGAUCACCGCCCUGAUCAGUUCUAUGGCCUUCUUCACAAGGUUGCGGCGAUUGUCGACCAGCGAAAGAUUAUACCCGUCAGUCCCAUAGUUGCUUAUUCUAUCGCAGACUUGGAGUCGGCGUUCUGUGCCAUGCAGAAGGGGAAACAUAUGGGAAAGAUUGUUCUCCGUCCUGCCGAAGGAGACAUUGUGAAGGUCUUACCAUCAGCUAAAACUCUGUCACUGUCACCUGAGGGCAGCUACCUUAUUGUCGGGGGCUUGGGUGGCAUUGGAAAAUUGCUUGCACAAGCCUUAGUGAACAGAGGCGCGCGCCAUAUUAUUCUUAUGUCUCGUUCAGCGGGCUCUCCUUCGCUUGAAAACCAACUGUUUGUGGAAAGCCUGCGGUCAGAUCGCGUAAAUGUGGUUUUGAAGAGCUGCGAUGUCGCAAACAGGAGUAAACUGAUCGAGGUUCUUACGGAAUGUGCCAGCUUACUGCCAAAAAUCAAGGGUGUCAUUCAGGGAGCUAUGGUGCUCAGGGAUUCAAUCUUUGAGAAGAUGUCUUACGCAGACUACACCACUGUCGUCCAAAGCAAGGUACAGGGUAGUUGGAAUCUGCAUGAACUCAUUCCCUCUUCGUCGCUAGAAUUCUUCAUCAUGCUCUCCAGCCUCAGCGGCAUUGCAGGCAACACUGGCCAGGCCAACUAUGCCGCCGGUGGUACCUUCCAAGAUGCACUAGCCCGUCAUCGAGCGGCUCUCGGUCUCCCAGGCGUCUCUAUUGACCUAGGAAUGGUAAAGUCUGUUGGUGUUCUUGCUGAAACAAAGAAUGCUACCUUGGCCAGUCACCUAGAAAAGACAGGAACCAGAGUCAUUGACGAAAAUAUGGUAAUCCGACUUGUUGAGUCGGCUAUUCAAAAUCCCCGUCGGAGUCCCGAGUCCAGUCAAAUCAUCACGUCCAUUCCGCCAGAGUUCACCCGCUCCGCAUCAGCGGCAUUUUGGAAUUGCGAUAUUCGCUUUUUGCCGCUGGAACGCGUGGAUGGGGUAGCUGCGGCAUCAGAUCGUGGUAUUGGAGCAGCAGUUGGUACAGUGGUACAUACUAGAUCCCUACUCGCAGAAGCUCAGACAGCUGCUGAGGCGCGGAGCAUUAUCAACGAUGUACUGGUGAGGAGGUUGGCCAAGGAAUUUGGGCGUCCUGAAACUGAGAUCGAUCCCUCAAUGGCUCUGACAGAUAUUGGCGUUGAUUCUCUUAUUGCUGUCGAGUUACGCAACUGGAUUGUGACCACCUUGGAUGCUGAGUGUUCAAUUUUUGAUGUUAUGCAAAGCUCUUCGCUGACUCUUUUGGUGGACAAACUGGUCGGGAAGAGUCGCUUGGUGCAUGGGGGAAUAAACAAGAAUGGAAAUGGUGCGGAUAAGAUUACUGGAUCAGACUCAGAUACCAAGGGGAACUUGUAA